GAGAUGGUAUCUGCUACUGAGGAGGAACUGGCGAUGUUGCAGGAGGUCAUGGAUGGAACCUACAAGGCGGUUGCAACGCGUGACCGUGGAGGGAAGCCUAUCGCCUCACGCUUCGUGGUGGUGCAGGCGUUGCGCUCCGAGAAUCCUGUGCUGUGGGACCGCUAUGCCGGACGCCGAGAGCAAGUGGCGGUUCAGCUCUCAAGCCGCGGGGAGGAUUUUCCCGUCACGCCUUCAACACUCUCGGCCUCUCUGGGCCUCGCCCUCCGCUGCUUGCACGAGGAGCAUGGCAAUCCCAGCAACGAGGCGUAUCUUUUGCAUGGAAGCAACCCAACAUCUGCUUUGUCCAUUCUCCGCACCUCCUUCAAAAUGGGCUUGGCGGGCCGGAACGCCGGCUCCAUGUUCGGACCUGGCGUCUACCUUGCCGAGUCGUCAGUGAAGGCUGACGAGUAUGCGCAGGACGACACCAACGGCUCUUAUGCAGGGCUCUAUGCCGUGCUCUUCUGCCGCGCCGUUGUCGGGCGAGCGCUGCAGGUCACAGAUCCGGCCGACUACGGUCCUUUGGUCACCUCGGGAGACUUCGAGUCCGUCGUCGGGGACCGGGAGCGCGCGGUGGGAACGUUUCGGGAGUUCGUCUUCUUCCACGAGGAAGCGAUCUAUCCAGAGUUUGCGGUCUUCUACCGCCGGGAGCUGUAG